UCUGCCCGUGGACAUCCUGCUCCCUCCGUGCCCUCCUCCUUCCCCCCUUUGGCAGAUCUAUCCUUCUGUCCAUCCAUCCGUGGGGGUCCGCCAUGGCCACCUUCAGCCGCCAGGAAUUUUUCCAGCAGCUACUGCAGGGCUGUCUCCUACCUACGGUCCAGCAGGGCCUUGAUCAGAUCUGGCUGCUCCUUGCCAUCUGCCUCGCCUGCCGCCUCCUCUGGAGGCUUGGGUUGCCAUCCUACCUGAAGCAUGCAAGCACCGUGGCAGGCGGGUUCUUCAGCCUCUACCACUUCUUCCAGCUGCACAUGGUUUGGGUCGUGCUGCUCAGCCUGCUGUGCUACCUCGUGCUGUUCCUCUGCCGCCAUUCUUCCCAUCGCGGCGUCUUCCUCUCCGUCACCAUCCUCAUCUACCUACUCAUGGGUGAGAUGCACAUGGUGGACACAGUGACAUGGCACAAGAUGCGAGGGGCCCAGAUGAUCGUGGCCAUGAAGGCGGUGUCUCUGGGCUUCGACCUGGACCGGGGCGAGGUGGGUGCAGUGCCCUCGCCCGUGGAGUUCAUGGGCUACCUCUACUUCGUGGGCACCAUCGUCUUUGGUCCCUGGAUAUCCUUCCACAGCUACCUACAGGCUGUCCAAGGCCGCCCACUGAGCCGCCGGUGGCUGCAGAAGGUAGCCCGAAGCCUGGCGCUGGCCCUGCUGUGCCUUGUCUUGUCUACUUGUGUGGGUCCCUACCUCUUUCCAUACUUCAUUCCCCUUGAUGGCGAUCGUCUCCUUCGCAACAAGAAACGCAAAGCCAGGGGCACCUUGGUAAGGUGGCUGCGAGCCUAUGAAAGUGCUGUCUCCUUCCACUUCAGCAACUAUUUUGUGGGCUUUCUGUCCGAGGGCACAGCCACGUUGGCAGGGUCCGGCUUCAGCGAGCACAAGGAUCAUCUGGAAUGGGACCUGACGGUGUCCAAGCCACUAAAUGUGGAGCUACCACGGUCCAUGGUGGAGGUUGUCACAAGCUGGAACCUGCCUAUGUCUUACUGGCUAAAUAACUAUGUUUUCAAGAACGCUCUCCGCCUGGGGACCUUCUCAGCGGUGCUGGUCACCUAUGCAGCCAGCGCCCUCCUGCACGGCUUCAGCUUUCACCUGGCCGCCGUACUGUUGUCGCUGGCUUUUAUCACUUACGUGGAGCACGUCCUUCGGAAGCGCCUGGCUCGGAUCCUCAGUGCCUGUGUGUUGUCUAAGCGGUGCCGGCCUGACUGUUCACACCAGCAUCGCUUGGGCCUGAGGGUACGAGCCUUAAACUUGCUUUUUGGGGCCCUGGCCAUCUUCCACCUGGCCUACCUGGGCUCCCUGUUUGAUGUUGAUGUGGACGACACCACAGAGGAGCAGGGCUACGGCAUGACAUACACUGUCCACAAGUGGUCAGAGCUCAGCUGGGCCAGUCACUGGGUCACUUUCGGAUGCUGGAUCUUCUACCGUCUCAUAGGCUGAGGCAUAGGAUCCUCUUGGCCCCCUCCCCCCAAGACCCCUUCUCCUCAGGGUGUCAGCUCUGAUGAGGAAAUGAGGGAAGGCCGUCUCUACUCCCUUGAUCUCACUCUAUCCGUGAUCCCCAACAUCUCUACACACACACACACACACAUACACCAUUCCCAUGCCUGUCAAUCCCCACCCUACCACAGGGCGGGCAGGGGGUGGGCCCUGCUGGGGCCUAGGGGUGGGGGGAUAGUUAGGAAAGCAGAGAAGGGGAGAUCCAGGGCCUCCCCGCCUACCUUCUCCCUUUUUAUAUUGUUUGUUAUUGUCAAAUAAAAGUAGGAAAUACCAGUGGGCU